AUGUCUAAUGAUAUGAGCUUUGCUCUACCUUUAAUUGUGGAAGCCAGGUAUGGCCCGAAUAAUUCGUGUCUUCUAUCCAAUGGUCUAGAUAGUGUUGAGAAGAGUCAUUCAUCUCGUGAUUCCUUAUUUAAAAGUCAGCGUGACUAUGAAAGACAUUUAGUUGAAUUUCAUCUUCUAAAACAUCCUGUAUACAAACAUCCGGAUGUAAAAUCUCCGCUUCCAAUACCUCCCAUUUCUUCCCACUAUAAUGAGAAACCAUCACGCAAAUGGAGUGUAUACCAAUCAGUUGUGAAUUUACCAGCUGUUUUAAAUGAUCCAAAUUAUCGUGAGAAAGAUAUAUUUACAAAAUUAUGGGGUGAUAAAUUUGAAAAUGCUGAAGUUCUACCCAGUCCACAUCUACCAGUAAUUACAGAGAAACAUUUUAUAGAAUAUUUAAACAAAAUUGGGGUUCGUAAACUCGAUACAGAGUCGUGUAAAUCAUCGCCUAAUUGUCAAAUUAAUUCAUCUAAUUCAAUCACUGAUAUUUCUCUAUCAGUGAAAUUAUGCAAUAAAGUUUUAAAACAUGAACCAUCGCAUGAUAUAUCAACGACUUCCAUUCCCGCUUAUACUUUGAUCAAAAUUUCAAUUUGA